AUGAGAAGGGUAGAUUCAAGAUGGUAUCAGUGGAUCAUUGUCCUACUGAUUUGUUCAGUAAUGAAAGUAAAAGCAGAAGUUAUACCAAACAAAGUUGCUAAAACCCUUGUUCAAGAUGCCUUCUCAAAAGGAGCUGUUUGUUUGGACGGAAGUCCAGCAGCAUACCAUUAUGACCAAGGGUCUGGAGAUGGAGUCAAUAAUUGGAUAGUUUGGCUUGAGGGAGGAGGAUGGUGUAGAAGUGUGGAAGAUUGUGGACAGCGGUUUAACUACAGUAAUGGCUCCUCUAAUCAUAUUGACAGUAAAAGUUUCUACGGGUUGCUAAGCAACUCUAAAACAUCUAAUCCAGAUUUUUACAAUUGGCACAGAAUUAUGAUCAGAUAUUGUGAUGGAUCUUCUUACACGGGAGACGUUGAAUUAGUUGAUAAAGUUACCAAUCAACAUUAUAGAGGUGCAAGGAUUUUUCAAGCGAUUAUGGACGAACUACUAGCCAAAGGAAUGAAGAAUGCUACAAAUGCUAUUCUAUCUGGGUGUUCAGCUGGUGGGUUGGGGACUAUGUUCCAUUGUGAUCGUUUUCGAUCUCUAUUACCUAGCACAGCUAGAGUAAAAUGUCUUUCAGAUGGUGCCUACUUUUUGCUCGACAAUGAUUUCAAGAGAGCCAAUAUAUUGGAAUCAACCUACGAUGGAGUGGUUAACUUACAUAAUUCAGCCAAAGUGUUGCCCCCAUCAUGUACUUCAAGAAUGAAUCCAGCCUCGUGUUUCUUCCCACAACAUAUACAAGAAGAUAUCAAGACCCCACUUUUCAUACUCAAUUCUGCGUAUGAUUCAUGGCAGAUAGUAGACACCGUUAUACCAUUCGCAGACCGACAAGACUUUGCAGAAAAUUGUUUCGGGGCAGAAUUUUUAAGUGCAUUACCAAAAUCAUAUAGCCCUUCACAGAGAGGAAUGUAUAUCAACUCUUGCCUCAUGCAUUGUCAAACUGACCAUGAUUGGAGCUGGAAUAGUAAUAGUGACUUGUUGAAUAAUAAGACAAUUGCAAAGGUAUUUGGUGACUGGUUCUUUGAACGAGAUCCCUCACAAGAGAUGGUGUUCCAAGUCACCGUUUAUUCGAAUCUCUAUUCAAAGGAAGAUUUGACUCUUUAUUAUUGGUCUGCGAAAAAAAAAUUCUGUCAUAAGGCGCCAAAAGAUCGCGUACACACAGCCCUUGAAAGCCUUCGUAUUGAUUACAUCGGAAUGGCGAAAAUUUUAGCCUCUACUUCUCAGGAGAAUGUGACCUCCUACUCUUUGCUCCUAUCUAAAGGCAAAGCAGCAGUGCCUCAUCGUGUUGAGGAGUGCGUUCUAGGAUCUUUUGCAACGGCUUCCGAUUUCAAGGUCGAGAGACCUUCUUCGAAGCCGGGGCAUUGUGAGCCUGUGUCUUAG